UGUUAUCUAAAUAAUUUAAAAAAUCUUUUUUUUUUCUUUUCUUUACAUCGAUUCCUCUCCAUCGAAACAAAAAGAGCGACUCAAACUCAGAAAACUUGGUACAAACUACGAACUGCAAAAUAGCGGCAAAAAUACAAUUCAACAUUUUUCAUUGAGACGCACCGUUUUGGGUUCUAAUAAAAACCAGAGACCCUGCUUGCAUUCCUAUUCUGGGUUUAAUUAGGGUUUUGAAGAAUAAUUUAUCUUCCAAUUAACGAUCAGGCCUCGACUCGCUCUCCAAGAAUAACCCAGACGAUUCAUUUUGCGACUGCAAUAUAUUAACAUGUUUCAAGCUUCCAUUGUUAUUGGUUUGUGAUCGAUGCCCAACUAAGAAAAUUAAAUCUGCAGCCAUUGAGUUUAGCAGCUCAAGAAACAUCAGUUUCUCUGUUCUUCUUCGGUCUACUGUUUUCAUCAAUGUAUGUCUAUUCACAAGAAGCCUGCAGCAGCAUCAGGACACUGAUUAACUGAUCUGCUACACCCAGUUGGCCAGUACAUGCCCUCGUUGCUGCACCCACUUGGCAGAUUGCUGCGGACCUGCAAAGAAAUAAAUAUUUGCAGACUUCUGCUAUCGCUUCAAGCCUGUAGCCCAUUCUUUUCAGCAGCCACAGAUUCUCUGCAAGUUACCACAGAUGACCUUGAAAAUGAGGAGAAAGAUACUGAUUUGGAUCUUUGUUUCCAAUCCUGCACCAAGCUUCCCCAUGCCAAGUGUCUUCACACCCUUCUUCUGGUGUCAGGACGAGCUCAAAAUAUCUUGGUCUCUACAAAACUUGUCAAUCUUUAUUCAUACCUUGGUGAAAUCCCAUUAUCUCGUCGCACUUUUGAUCAGAUGCCAAAGAAAAAUGUCUAUACCUGGAAUUCUAUGAUCUCUGCUUAUGUUCGCCAUGGCCGUUUCAAUGAAGCUGUAUGCUGUUUUCAUCAGUUCUUGUGGACAUCUGGCCUUCAACCUGAUUUUUACACUUUUCCUCCUGUGGUUAAAGCUUGCCAAAACCUACUUGAUGGGAAAAAAAUACAUUGCUCAAUUUUAAAGCUGGGUUUUGAGUGGGAUGUUUUUGUAGCUGCCUCCUUGAUACACAUGUACUCACGAUUUAGGUUGGUAGGUGCUGCACGAAAACUGUUUGAUGAUAUGCCAUCUCGAGAUAGAGGUUCAUGGAAUGCAAUGAUUUCUGGGUAUUGUCAGAAUGGGAAUGCUGCCAAGGCAUUGGAUGUUGCAGAUGAGAUGAGAUUGGAAGGGUUGCCUAUGGAUGCUUUUACUGUUGCCAGUAUUCUUCCUGUUUGUGCACAAAUGGAUGAUAUUUUAAGUGGGAAGUUGAUCCAUUUGUUGGUUAUAAAGCAUGGAUUAGAAUUCAAACUUUUCGUCUCCAAUGCAUUAAUUAACAUGUAUGCCAAAUUUGGCAGCUUGAGGCAAGCACAGAAAAUUUUUGAUCAGAUGAUGACUAGAGAUAUUGUGUCAUGGAAUUCAAUAAUUGCUGCUUAUGAGCAAAAUGAUGAUGCGGUUACUGCACGUUUAUUCUUUGACAAGAUGCAACAAGUUGGCAUCCGACCUGAUUUGUUGACACUUGUCAGUUUGCCUUCUAUUGUUGCCCAAUUGAAUGAUCAUCGAAAUAGCAGGGCUGUUCAUGGAUUUAUCACGAGGAAAUGCUGGUUUGAAGAUACUGUUAUUGGGAACGCAGUUGUGGACAUGUAUGCUAAAUUGGGUGUGACAGAUUUUGCCCGUAUGUUAUUUGAAAGACUUCCUGCUAAAGAUGUGAUUUCAUGGAACACUUUGAUAACUGGUUACACUCAAAAUGGUCUUGCAAGUGAGGCAGUUGAAGUAUACCAAAUGAUGAAAGAAUGUACAGAAAUUACCCCAACCCAAGGGACUUGGGUUAGUAUUCUACCUGCCUAUUCCCAUUUAGGAGCCUUGCAACAAGGCAUGAGAAUUCAUGGGCAGGUUAUUAAAAAUUCUCAAUACUUGGAUGUUUUUGUGGGCACCUGCCUCAUUGACAUGUAUGGAAAAUGUGGGAAAUUAGAUGAUGCAUUGUCAUUAUUUUACGAAAUGCCAAGAAGAAAUUCAGUCCCAUGGAAUGCCAUGAUCUCAUGUCUUGCGAUUCAUGGAGAUGGUGAGAAAGCUCUUAUGCUCUUUAGGGAAAUGAUAGCUGAGGGAGUAAAGCCUGAUCAUGUAACAUUUGUAUCUUUAUUAUCAGCUUGUAGCCAUUCAGGUCUGGUCAGUGAUGGUCAACAGUGUUUUCAUGUGAUGCAGGAAGAAUACGGGAUUAAACCUACUCUGAAGCAUUAUGGCUGCAUGGUAGAUUUAUUUGGUAGGGCUGGGUAUUUGGAAAUGGCAUACACAUUUAUAAAAAGUAUGCCAAUACAGCCCGAUGCUUCCAUGUGGGGUGCUCUUCUUGGUGCUUGCAGAAUUCAUGGAAAUACAGAGCUGGGUAAAUAUGCUUCAGCUUGCUUGUUUGAAGUUGAUUCAGAAAAUGUUGGCUAUUAUGUUUUGUUGUCAAACAUAUAUGCUACUGUCGGGAAAUGGGAGGGAGCAGAUGAGGUGAGAUUAUUGGCUAGGGACAGGGGGCUGAGGAAGACUCCUGGAUGGAGCUCUAUCGAAAUGAACAAUAAGGUUGAUGUCUUCUAUACUGGAGUCAAAACUCAUCCAAAAUAUGAGGAGAUAUCUAGAGAGUUGAGGGAUUUGAAUGCAAAAAUGAAGACCCUUGGUUACGUUCCAGACUUUCGCUUUGUGUUACAAGAUGUUGAGGAGGAUGAGAAAGAAUACAUCCUCAUGGGCCAUAGUGAGAGGUUGGCCAUUGCAUAUGGAAUCAUCAGCACAUCUCCUAAAAGCCCGAUUAGAAUCUUUAAAAAUUUGCGAGUCUGUGGUGAUUGCCACACUGCAACUAAAUUUAUAGCUAGAAUUACGGAGAGGGAAAUUAUCGUGAGGGAUUCAAACCGUUUCCAUCACUUCAGGAAUGGACUUUGCUCUUGUGGAGACUAUUGGUAACAGAUAAUCUUUAGAAUUGACAUUGGUGAACUGAUUUGAUUCUGAGUUCUGAUUUUUUCAAGGACGCCUGCAGCUCUCAUUGCUUGAGCUGCAGCUGGAGCUCCAGAAUCCCAAGUGAGCUGUUUUCAGAACGAAAAUAAUCACAAGGAAUGCCAAUGGGGUCCAGUUGUUAUCUGGAUUGAAGAUACCAAACCCAUUAGCAACGGGAUACUUGUCAAGCUGAUGUGGCAGGAGAAAAAGAAGGAUGUCAAGUUGACUUUUGAGUCCUCAUCAUUCUUCUGAAUACCCAAUCUGUUUCUCCAGUUAACUUAGCUAUGUGGGUAUCUUCACACCAGAUAUCAAGAUUUAGAGCAUAACUUGCCACCCAAGUAGUUAAUACUGUACAGACCAUUAAGUUCCUUGAGUAUCAUCCGAUAAUACUUGGUUGCAUCUACAUUCUUAAAAUUCAUUAAUUUUUAUUUAUUUUUGAAUUGGUAGUCCAGGAAAAUAUACCAUGAGAUUAUGGUAAUGUUCUUGGUAAGUAGGCAAUAUUGAGUUUUGUUCUGAUACUUUGGUUUUGUUCUGUAAACAUGCCUUUUUGUUA